UACUUAAUUAUGUAAAACCUUGUAAUUACAACAAGCUUGCAGAUUUCCACUAGGUCCGGGUUGGCUGUAGUUGGUCGGUAUCGCCGGUAGGCGGCGCUGUGAGGUGGUGACUGUAUCAAUGGGUCGGCCGGGUAAGCGACAUCCAGUUGGUCGAUCAGUCGGUCGGUCGGUCGGUCGGUCGCUGUCCUGUUAUCCAGCGGUGGCGGCAGCAGCAGCAGCAGCAGCAGCAGCAGUGUGGGCGGACCUGGAGAGAUACUACAGUCUGACAGGCGCGUAGUAACCGCUCCGCUUCAUACAGCGAGAACAGAGGAGGUUUCUUGUUGCUGAUAUUCUGCAUCUUUGUGAGCACCGCCCUCACCAACACCUGGCAGGGAUAACUUAUGAAGUAACCGGCGAUUGUAUCUCACCGGUGGAGCGGACGGUGCCGUAUUUGGCUGCAGGAAGUGGACUCAGUUUGAAGCUGGCAGGCGUAGGGGGAGCGAGUGAGCAUGGAUGAGCCGGGCAGCAGGAGCAGCAGCCUGCAGAGGAAGAAGCCACCAUGGCUCAAACUGGACAUCCCCACCAUCCAGCUGACGCCGGACGAUACGCCCACACACACCCAGCCAGUAAAGCGCCUGCGCAGUGUCAGCAUGCCAGGAGAAAACCCCCAGACCUGCAUCGCUGCCUUGGAAACUACCAACAACUACCUCAGACCUCCCCUGGAGAGAUUGCCCUCCAUUACACAGUCCAUCAAGAGUGAGAAAAGGGUGCGCUUUGAGCGAGUCAACACAGUUCCGCCAAAGGGCCAGAGGGGCCCCAGGAGGGUGUCAACCGUCCGACGGCGGUCCUGCAUCCCCAAAAUACUGACCCGACGGCGUUCAUCUAUACCUGAAAAGAUCAUCAGGGGUACGGCAGACUGGUUCGGGGUGAGCAAGGACAGCGACAGCACCCAGCGAUGGAGGAGGAAGAGCCUGCAGCACUGCAGCCAGCUGUACGGAGGUCUAAAGGCGCAGGUGAUGAGGGAGAUGGAGCUUCACAGCCAGGACAACCUCUCCCUGGCCAGCACUGAGACCCCUCCUCCCCUCUACCUCCCACCCCACCACCUCAGUCACCACCACUAUGGCAUGCAGAGGAUCGUAGACCCCCUGGCCCGGGGCCGUGCCUUCCGCAUGGUGGAAGAGGUGGACGGCUUCAGUGUCCCGCAAACUCCCAUCACGCCCGGCACCGCCUCCCUCUGCUCCUUUUCCAGCUCCCGCUCCGCCCUCAACCGGUUGCCACGGCGACGCAAACGGGAGUCUGUCGCAGUCAUGAGUCUCAAGGCUGCAGCAGCACUUAUGAAGGGCCGAACAUUUGGCGAAAGCAGCACCGGGCGAUGUCGCAAACGGAGUUUCAUGCCUCCUAGUUUCUUUGAAGACGACACUGUGGACUUUCCUGAUGAUCUGGACACGUCUUUCUUCACCAGAGAGGGCCUGCAGGAUGAGUUGUCCAGCUAUGCUGAUGAGGUUUUCGAGACACCAUCGGAGGCUGCCCUCCAACAUCUGGAUGAGAGCGAGCUCACAGGGAGUGCGCUGGAUAAGAAUGAACUGGAGAAGAGUCACCUCAUGUUGCCGUUAGAGCGAGGGUGGCGGAAGGCAAAAGAUGGUUCUCUGGUCCAACCGAAGGUGCGUCUGAAACAGGAAGUGGUGAGUGUCAACAGCCACCAGCAGCGUGGACAAAGGAUUGUGGUUCCUGUUAAGAAGCUGUUUGCCCGCGAGAAACGGCCGUACGGGCUUGGCAUGGUCGGCCGUCUCACAAACCGGACAUACCGCAAGCGUAUCGACAGCUUUGUCAAGAGGCAGAUUGAGGACAUGGAUGACCACAGGCCUUUCUUUACCUACUGGAUCACCUUUGUCCAUUUGCUCAUCACCAUUCUGGCUGUCACCAUCUACGGUAUUGCUCCUGUGGGCUUCUCACAACAUGAAACAGUCGACUCAGUGUUGAGGAACAAGGGAGUAUAUGAAAAUGUAAAGUUUGUGCAACAACAGAACUUCUGGGUGGGCCCAAGCUCAGAGUCACUGAUCCACCUGGGUGCCAAGUUUUCCCCCUGCAUGCGUCAAGACCGAGAGAUCCAUCAGCUGAUCCAGGAGAAGAGAGAUAGAGAGAGAGAGUCUGGAUGCUGUGUGAGGAACGAUCGCUCCGGCUGCCUGCAGACUUUACAAGAAGACUGUUCGAGUACCCUGGCUGUGUGGGUGAAGUGGCCUCAGCACCCCAGUGCUCCCUUACUGAAUGGUAAUCUACGCCAGCAUGGUUCAGUCUGCCAUCAGGACCCCAGAAUUUGUCUGGAGCCGGCCUCAGUUUCACCUCAUGAGUGGCCUGAUGACAUCACCAAGUGGCCAGUUUGUACAAGGUAUAAUUCUGGGAAUCACACCAACCUUCCCCACAUAGACUGCACCAUCACAGGCCGGCCCUGCUGCAUUGGAACCAAAGGACGAUGUGAAAUCACUUCCAGAGAGUACUGUAGCUUUAUGCACGGCUACUUCCACGAGGAGGCUACUCUUUGCUCACAGGUGGCUUGCAUGGAUGAUGUGUGUGGUUUGCUGCCUUUCCUCAACCCGGAGAUCCCAGACCAGUUCUCCCGACUCUGGCUGUCUCUCUUUCUUCAUGCUGGGAUCCUGCACUGUCUGGUGUCGGUGUUGUUCCAGAUGACAGUGCUGAGGGAUCUAGAGAAGCUGGCUGGCUGGCUGCGAAUUUCCAUCAUCUACAUGCUGAGCGGCAUCACUGGCAACUUGGCCUCAGCCAUUUUCCUGCCCUACAGAGCCGAGGUGGGUCCCGCAGGAAGUCAGUUUGGCAUCCUGGCCUGUCUGUUUGUGGAGCUAUUUCAGAGCUGGCAGAUCCUCGAGCGGCCGUGGCGGGCUUUUGCAAAGUUGCUGGCCAUCUCAGUCUUCUUCUUCUCGUUUGGUUUACUACCUUGGAUUGACAACUUUGCCCACAUCAGUGGUUUUGUAUCAGGAUUCUUCCUCUCUUUUGCCUUCCUGCCGUACAUCAGCUUCGGGCGUUCUGAUAUGUACCGGAAGAGGGUCCAGAUCUGUGUGUUUCUGCUGGUCUUUCUGGGUCUGCUCGCCACCCUGGCCGUCCUCUUCUAUGUCUACCCUGUGAAGUGUGACUGGUGCGAGUACCUCACCUGCAUCCCUAUCACAGACAAGUUCUGUGAGAAGUACGACCUGAAUGCACACCUCCUCUGAACAUCAGCCUUUGAAAUUUCAGCUGGGCUGUUUCUGGGUGUGCACCACCAUCGGACUGGUCACAACAUUUCUAAAUGUAAGAAGUUGAUGAAGAUGAAAACUGAAUAUCGAACUUCAGUGCAAGUUGUGACUGAGCAAGAACUUCUGGAAUAAUAUUUCAGGAUUUUUUGUGGAUCUAUGAAUUUCACACAUAUUUUGUUUGUACUGUUUGGAAAGGUACAACAAUCCCACUAUGAAGCCUUUAGGCUAUGCAUGAAAGCCUUCAGGCAUUUGACAUAAAAUAUUCACGCACAUGGGAACAAAACUAAAAGUUAGAAAAAGUGUAAAGUUGACUGAAAAGGACUAACAAUUGAUUGUGUGACUGAUCUAUAGCUGGGCUAAUCAUUUACCAGUCACACUGGAGGAGAGCUGAAAAGGCAGUUGUUUCCUGGCAAAUGAUUUACUUCUCCUGUGGUAAAACUGACUGAACAGCACCCCUCAGUGGCACAAAGGAACAUUACAACCUGAGACCGCCGCGAUGGAGGACCUGAGAAUUUUUCUUCAUUUUUUCUACUUUUUUUACUGAUAUCCAAGCAGUUUUGUCCAUUUACUGGAUGUCCUUAGAGUUAAAACUCGCCAAGAAAUUAGACUCUAAAAUGCUUACAUGUGCCUUACUUAAACACAACUAUACACACAUACACACACACAAAAUGUGUUCUUGUGCCAUGUAUCUGCAGUUUCUGACGUUAUGGAUCCUGUUCCUUAUCGUUUGUAGAAACUGCAUUACACAGUCUGAUAAAAUCAUGUAAAAUAUGUUUUUUACUGCAAUGUUUGGUUUUUAAAUUGUCAUUUUUAAUUUGUUUUUUUUUACCACACUGGGAACCUUGGUUUCUGCCACAGCCUUUAAUGCACUUAUUUCACAGGUUGUUUUUUAUAUUUACCCUGUGUUACAUCUGUAAAGAACACACUUGUAUGUUAAGCUGCUCCAUUGGGAAUAGCUGUUAAAGGUGAAUUUGUGUGUUUUUAUUAAAUGUGGUGGCGUUUUAGCUACCUGAAAAUGAA